GAUGUUGUAAAGCUAGCAUUGCUACAUCUGUUGGGCAAUGUUAUGUUUGGGCACCAGUCAUGUGUUAGUUUUCCUAUUGGAUACAUUAACCUAGUAGAUGAUUUGGAUGCAUUCGAUAAAUUCCCAUGGGGUGAAGUCAUAUGGGAAGAGUUGUUAACACAUGCUGGGAGAUGUGCACAAUCCCUUAAAGCUCGUGGAGGGGGAAGAGUGACAUUUGGAGGGUUUGUCUUUGCCUUACAGGAAAGCCAAGGGAAAGUGCUGAAGAUGAUCCUUGAGCAGUUAGAAAGAAAAAAGGGAGAUGAUACAGAGGAGAGGGGUUUUAAAAAGAUAGAUGAUGAAAUUGUCAAUGAGAAUGUUGAGAGUGAAGACAUGGAAAAUAAAAACAUGGGGAAGGAUACUAUUUUGGAAGAAGAUGGCACUAACCAUGGAGAUGUGGGAAAGGAUGGCACUUCCAGACAUGAUGACAAUGAUCAGUUGUCUGAAACACAGUUCAGUGAUCAGUUCUUUGAACAAAUGGACAAAGAAGUGAAUGCUAUUUUGAAAGGCACAAUUGAAGGAAAUAUCUUUGAGAAGGAAGGUGGAUCUGAUAUGGAGCCCGCAGCUAAUGCGAAUUUCGAGAAAGUGCAGUUGGAUUCUAUAAUUGAUGAACAAGGAAUCACUUGUGACAGAGUAUAUAAUUGUCUUUGUAUCAAGUCAGAUUUGGCUGUAAACAGUGUAACUGUUUAUAUUGUUUUGCAGUUGCCUGA